AUGUUGUGUGAUGAAAGUGAAGCGGUUGGAGAUACCAUCGAAAAUAAUGCAACUGAAGAUACUUCAUCUGAGGAUCCUCAAGACAAAGGAGAUGCAAAAAAGAGGAAAACUAUAGAGAAAAGAUCAGAGGUUUGGGAUCAUUUUACUCCGUUCUUAGAUAACAAUAAGAAACAGAGAGCUAAAUGUGUGCAUUGUGCGAAAACAUUGUGUGGAGAAUCUAAGAAUGACACUUCUUCACUUAAAGCACAUUUGAGUAAAUGCAAUAAAAUUUCAACUACAGGUCCUAGGCAAACACAGUUGGUGUUACAAUCUGGUCAAAGCUCAUCACUUAGUAGUUGGAAUUUUGAGCAAGAAGAGGUUAGGAAAGCUUUAGCUUAUAUGAUCAUUGUGGAUGAGUUGCCUUUUAAGUUUGUUGAAGGGGAGGGUUUUAAAUACUUUUGUUUGAAGUCAUGUCCUUAG